AUGCGUUCUGGGCCCUAGCCUGGGGCAGCCGGACGAUCACGGGCAACGUCCCAAGUGCUUCAAUGUCUGGUCCUGCAAUGAGGGGGUCUUUCUUGUCGCAGUUCUUGCGCAUUUCUAAUGCGGCCAUCAUUUCCCGUGGAUGUAUCGUUCCUAUUCAUGUCAUCCGAUAUCAAAUCUCCACCGUAGUCGGUACUGAGGCCGAAAUUCAGUGUCGGCCGCGUUUACAAACUUUGCCCCUGAAGGAGCCUAUUUGGAGGUAUCGCUCAAAGGCGAUGGUGCGAGCUCCGUAAUUUGUCAUUUGUGCUGUUUAUAGUAUUUCAUUAUUUCAGUAUCAUUCUAUUUGCUUCUGUCUGGUCCUGCGUCGGCCGAGGGUCUUGCUUGGCUUCCAAAUCCAAGAGGAAGGAUUCAGAAAAUCCGUGGCAGUGUAUCUAUACGAUACAUCCAAAGACCAACCAUAUUGGUGUCAAUGGAUAUCAGUGAUGUGUACAUGAUGCCUGGCUCCCUUUUGGUGGUCAUUGGGAACGAGCUUCAUAGCCUAUCACGAGCUCAGAGCGCUUGUUUCUCUUUUCCUUCUGGAACGGGAAACUGUUCGCCAUCACUCCCUAAAUCUCAGCCAUACACGCCAUCACUUCCAUCAAGAACCAAUGUGAAGCAUGCGGAGGAUUUACCGUUCACCCGCCACUACCCUCCGGCUUUCAGCCCUCUGAUUAUCUGUCGUGCUAAGGCAUCGAAGACGCAAACCGUCAAGCCUCCGAAGUUUCACUUCAUGUCGAAAGGACGAGGGUACGAGAUUGCAGCAGCAGCCUUUUUAAGAAGGUAUGAUACUAUUAAAAUGCUGAUUCAUGACACUACUACCGUCGGGUCGGAAUUCCUUCAAGCUGAUACCAUUAUGGAGAAGGGAGCUGGGACAUGGAUGAGAUGGCCUCUGAAGCACACUUGACAACUGUGACGGCCUGCACCCACUACACAGGUUCACUAAAUGCUUAUCCCGUGCAGAUGCCAGCAUAUAUGGUGAUGGUACCUUUUCAGUGGCUUAACAGACGACCCCCUUACAUGACGAUCUGGUUCAGUUUGGACAAUGGUGUAGUCUCUCCCACAAACGCACUCGGGUUCGCAAAUGAACAUGAACUGGCACACGACUCAAGGAUGAAGAUCACUUAUAGAAAGCAUGACAAUAACGAGGUGGAUGGAUUCUUCCUCUGAUCAAAUU